CCACGGGGCCCGGUCACCAGAGCCUACAAGCCCCCAGCUGUCGCCAAACCCAGAUAGACGGUGCUGUCGACAUGCAGUUCCUACUUCUGACCGUAGGCCUGGCACUGCUCUGCGGGCUCCAGGCUCAGGAGGAGAGCCAUGAGGAGCCCCAGGAGAACCUGGAGGAACUGUCUGGGAUCUGGUACACCGCCGCCCUGGCCUCCAACAACUCGGCCCUGAUCGAGCCCGGAGGGCACUUCAGGGUUUUUGUCAACAGCCUGAGCGCGAAGGAUGGCAACCUGAACGGGGAGAUGCUCAUACCGCAGGAAGACGGGUGCGAGAAAGUGUCCCUCACCGUGUACAAGACCGAGACUGACAACAAAUUCGAACUGGAGUUUUGGGGACAGGGCGAUUUCUACCUGAAGGAGGCCCAGCCCAAGCAGUACCUGAUUCUCUACAUUGUCAACCACUACAACGGCGAGACCAGCCUGGUGGCCAACCUGUUGGUCCGGGACCCCAGCACACAGCAGGACUUCCUGCAGACUUUCGAGUCCGCCUGUGAAGACCUUGGCCUGCGCCAGGAUCAGAUUGUGGUUCUGAACUCUGGCGAUCGCUGCGACAGUUUCAGAGACUAGGGCCGUCGGCCGCGGGCAGGGAUUCCACCAAGAACACCCACCUGUGCUUCCCUGUGCCGCCGUGUCCGGCCCCGUCCCUGCUCCCUGCCCGGCCAGGCACACACUCCACCCAGCCCCAUGCUGUGGUCCCCCCUUGCACAAUAAAGGACGUUCCUUUCAAAAGAUGACGGCCCUGUCAGUCAA